AUGAUUGACUUGGGAUUAAAAUUAUACGAAGAAUAUGGUGAUAUUGUCAAAUUAAAAGGAAUCCCAGGGAAAAGAGAUAUGGUUUUCUUAUAUGACUUGGAUGAUAUAGAAAAAGUUUAUCGCACUGAAGGAACUUGGCCAGUUCGUCCAGGUCUCGAAACACGUGACCAUUACAUAAAGAAGAAAAGACCGGAAAUUUUUAAAUCAGUAUAUGGACUUCUUCACUCCCAUGGAGAAGAUUGGCAAAAUAUCCGGACGAAAGUAAAUCAACCGAUGAUGCAAAUUAAAGUAACACGACAAUACGUCGGCUGGAUUGAAGAAAUAGCUAAUGAUUUCAUUAAAAGGUUGCAAACUUUACUCGAUGCAGAAGGCAAUGUACCCCAAAACUUCCUAAGAGAAGUAGAUAGGUGGUCUUUGGAGUCAAUAGCCCGAAUAGCAGUGGACACUAGGCUUGGUUGUCUUGAUGACAAUCUCACUGAAGAUUCAGAUGGCAUGAGGCUAAUCAAAUCAAUACAACGAUAUUUUGACUUGGCAUACCAGAUUGAAAUAUUGCCAUCAUUUUGGAGAUACAUAAACACCCCAAAAUAUAAUGAAAUUAUACAAAUUUUUGAUUGCUUACAGAAGAAUAUUUUUAAUUGUAACAGUAAACUAAAUGUAGAUUUGAUUAAUAUUUUCAGCAUCGCUGUCAAACAUAUAUCACAAGCAAUCAAAAGGCUAGAAGCAAAUCCAACAACUGAUGAUAGUAAUUUAAGCGUUUUGGAGCAUUUAUUAAAAAUAGAUCCGCAAGUUGCCUUUGUUAUGGCUUUAGAUAUGUUUUUUGCUGGUGUUGAUACGACUGCUUCAAGCACAAUAAGUGCAAUGUAUUUUUUAGCAAAAAAUCCCGAUAAACAGAAUAAACUGAGAAGUGAAUUAAGGGCGAUAUUUCCAAAUAAUUCUCCUAUUACAGCAGAAGGAUUAAAUAGUUCAUCGUAUCUUAAGGCUUGCUUCAAGGAAACUCACAGAAUGAAACCAGUUGCUAUUGGUAAUAUGCGCCUUGCAGGAGCUGAUAUCACUCUUGGGGGAUAUUUUAUUCCGAAAGGUCAUCACGUAGCAGCCAGAGUCAAAAAUCAAUUUCCUGAUCCUGAUAAAUAUAUACCAGAGCGCUGGUUGCGUACUAGUCCAGGUUCGGUUCCUCCGGCAAAAAGUGCCCAUAAAUUUGCCUACAUGCCAUUUGGAUUUGGACCUCGUAUGUGUGUUGGCAGAAGAUUUGCCGAACUAGAAAUGGAGGUUCUGGUUACCCGAUUGAUAACUAAUUACCAAAUCGAUUGGAAUGGUCCAGAUAUGCAGUAUAAGAGUAGUUUGAUUUUGGGUCCAACUGGACCAAUGAGAUUCAGAUUGACUCCUCUAAAUUAA